AUCAAAUUUGCCGACAAGAUACAAAGUUUACCGACAAAGACACUGAAUCUUUUUUUACCGACAAUUUAACAGAAGCUAGGAAAGCUCUCGUCCCCUUUACACUCCCGCACCCCAAGCUUCCUUUACACAUUUCCUCCAAGAUCCCAAGCUUCAGGAAAUGGGUUUUUGUGACGCCAGUGUUUUGCCACUCUGCUAAAACAAACCGGAAAUAUUUGCAUAAAUUGAACAAGGUGGGUCCAAUUCAAUUCAACAAUUCAAUUCAAUAAUUUGGGGCCUAAGUUUUUGUUAAACAAUUUCGAAGAACGGAGGGAAAAUUUUUUUCCGGCGAUAGUUAACAAUGGGGCCAAGCGAGGAAAAGGAAGUAUUCCCUUUAUUAAAAGCUGUUUUUGAAAAUGAUUUAAAGAGACUGUCAUCUUUAUUAAGCUGUCAUGAUGCCGAUGAGAAGGACCAGUUUGGAAAUACAGCAUUACACAUUGCAUCAAUGCUUGGGAGAAAAGACUGUGUGAAUAUUCUUUUGAUGCAUGGGGCAUCAAUAAUGAUGAAAAAUGCCAGUGGCUGGACUCCACUUGCUGAAGCUGUAAGCUAUGGGGACAGGCAGCUUAUAAAACUGUUGCUUAAGCGACUGAAAGUGCAGAACAGGGAGACAUUAGAAAGUAGAAGACCACAGCUUGUUGAAACUCUAACAAAGUUAGAUGAUUUCAUCCUUGAAGUCAAAUGGGAAUUCCAUAGUUGGGUACCGUUUUUAUCAAAAUAUCUACCGUCCGACACUUGUGUUAUAAAGAAGCGAGGUUGCAAUAUUAGGAUGGACAGCACAUUAAUCGAAUUUACUGACAUGAAAUGGCACAGAGGAGAUAUUUCAUUUAUUUUCAAUGGAGCAACGAAAGGACCAAAAGCUUUAGUUGUUCUUGACAAUAAAAAGAAAGUAUUUCAGAAGCUACGACAUGAGGAUACAGAAGAUGACUUAGAAGAAGAAAUUGAUUACUUGAUGAGCAGUGACAUAGUUGCAGCCCAAAUGUCAACUAAAACAAUUUCAUUUCAAAGAAGUUUGUCUGGAUGGAUAUUCAAGGAAGAUAAAACCGAAUACAUCGGAUUAUACAAAUGCGACGUUUAUACUGUGAAUGGCAUGACUCUAAUAUCACGCAAAAGGAGAGAGCAUUUGACAGAGGAAGAUGUCCAAAAAAAUAAAGCAGUACAUGAGGCUUUUCAAAAGGGGGACCAUGAUGCAAUUGAAAAACUGGACCAAGUAGAGCGUCGAAAAUCUUUAAAACCGCCAUCCGAAUGCACGUGCUCCUGGGAAGAAUAUUCUAGUCAAGAUGACAACAGGCCACCACAUUUGGGAAGAAAGAUGAUCAUAAAAGAAGACAGAAAAAGUGUCAAAGUUGCAGUUUGGAUGAGUGGUGACUUUCCUUUGGAUGUCAAUUUAUUGCUAAGCGUGCUAGAAGUUAUCGCCCCUUCGAAGCAUUUUGAGAAGUUGAAAGAAUUUAUAUCAAUGAAACUACCAACUGGCUUCCCUGUUAAAAUUGAAAUACCAGUACUGCCAACAAUAUCUGCAAAAAUCACCUUCCAGGGCUUUGAAUGGUGCAGCGAAUUACCAGAAUCCUUAUUUUAUAUCCCAGAAGAUUUUAAAGAAGACCCUCAUCAUUUUCCAGAUCUUUGAGACGACGAUAUUUCAGAGUAGGAGGAAUAUGUGAAGAGCAGCCUUGGAAUUUCAGCAAACUGCUAGCUUUAAGUCAGAGUUUGGUUACUUUGUCUUUGGAAGGGGAGGUUUCAAAACGAAUAAUCAGAACACAAAAGAAAUCGCAGGAUUUUGUUUGUAUUUUCGUUGAGGUUCGCAACGAUUUUUAACAAUAAUGCACGAACCCACCCGUCCCUUGAUAAUUGAAUUUCCCCUUUGAAAUCCCUAUAGACCCUCUGCCAUUUUUAAUGCCUAUCUAAAAGCAACACGUUGUUGCCCAUCCAAUUGCAAAUCGUUCUUUUGGCUAAAGCUCUCUCACAGAAGAGAAGAGGCAAUGGAAAGCCUAGUGGCAACGUUAUUGGCUAUUUGAAGCGUUUCAGGUGAUUUGAAUGUUUUCUUCCUUGAAUUUUCUUUAAUUGCAGCUAUGAUUUCGUAUAGAACGAUUUUAAAUUUUUCACUACCUGUUAGUUACUUUGUCGGAAAAUUGUACAGUAUCAUCUAAAAUGUUUCCGGUGUUAUUGUGUAGGGCAACUGAGGGCCAAUGACGACUCUAGGCCAAUGGGUCCUCUAGGCCAAUGGGGUCUGUAGGCCAAUUGGGUCUGUACGCCAAUGGCGACUCAAGGUCUAUGUUGAAUCAAGGCCAAUAGGGUCUCGGCUAAUGACGACUCUAGGCCAAAAUUAACUCAAGGCCGUCUCUCGCCAAGUGGUGACUCUAGGCCCAUACUGACUCGCGGUCAACGGUAACUGUACGCCUAUGUGGUCUCUAGACCAUGGCAACUCUAGGCCAAGGCAAAUGACGACUCGAGGCCAAGGCAAAUGACGACUCGAGGCCAAUGGUGACUGUUUGCCAACAGAAAUGUAGGGAAUAGCCCGGCAUCGAUUGUGGCAAUCCAGUCCCGAUAAAUCAAAGAUUGUAGUGUUAAUGCUUAUGUUGAAUAGUUUUAGAUAAAAAUUUAAAGCCUUACAGCAAAGAAAUGUUCACCCCCAUAAAACGGCCAAGGUAUCAGGUGUUACUUAAUUUUCUGUAAGGUUUAGUUGGUCAGAAUUUCGUGUUUUUAGUAAGUUGCAUAUAUCCACUACCCUGCAUCUAAGAUUUCUAUUAAGCUCUCAAUUUUUGUCGCUUGUCAUGAUGAUAUUCUUCUCUGUAGAUAUUUGACUGUCAAAGAUUUUUUCUUCUUAAGUUCAGUAUAACCUACUUUUAACGGGAAAAUGAAAUUAUUUUGUUUAUUUUUGUUUAUAAUUUUGUUAAAAAUUAGUUUAAAACGUAACUGAUGAUGUCAUUGAAGAUAUUUUUUCUGCAUAUUGGCACCAAAGAGGGGUUUUGGGGGACCAAGAAUCUUGUGUUAAUUUCUUUUACACCUUUCUUCGUUCGUCUUUAGCUGUCCUACGGUUCUUUCAGCAUUCAUGUAGGGAAAUUCGAUACGUCUUCAAUAAAAAAUGAUUCAACAAUUAUUCCUGCUGACUUUGCUAUAAUACUGAAACAUCGGUUUCUUAUAGAACUAAGUAGAUUUCGUUGCGACGAUAUAUGAUUGAAAAUCAACAUGACAGACAGCUAUGAGUAAAAUUCAAAUUGCUUCUUGGUGAAAAGAUUGCGCCCUUGGGGAGCGAGGCCUUUUCAAAAACGCAUUCAGGAUGAUUGAGGAUGGCGCAUGGACGUGUCGCUGAAGCUUUGUUGCAGAAAAAUUUCUAGGUCCUUUUUUCCCAAUACCGAUCACCAUUUUAUCAGUUACUUUGAUCAAUAAUUACAAUUAAUAACUCAACCCCCAAAAUCAUUGAUUCUAAUAGCUCAAUAAAUCUUUUCUUAGAAUACAUGCUGCAUAUAGGAUAUAAUAAUGAUGUAUUUUGCUCGAUCUAAUGAAAGAAUAUAUAAAACUACACAGCAAAAAAAAUAAAUGAAUAGCCAAAGCAAAAUUGUAUUUAUCCAGUGCCCGAAGUUGGCGGAGUGUGGAGGGGGGGGGGGCGAUUGCUCCAUAAAAUGUGCAACGUUAUCAAAAAUGUGCAUCGUCGGCAAAUUUAUUUGUUUUCGUGGGCUUUACAGCAGUAGAGCCUGUUACAGGAUAUUGUUCAAAAGUUAAGAGUUGAGGAAGAU